AUGCCUGGUCUUAAUCCGGAGAUUGCAGUCCAUAAGCUUGCAAUUCACCCUGAGAAACAGCCAAUUAAACAGCCUCAGAGGCGAACUCGACCAGAGCUUACAGCCCAAAUUGAAGCCGAAGUCGACAAGCUUAUUAAUGCAGGAUUCAUUAGGGAAGUCCAAUAUCCAACUUGGCUAGCAAACAUAGUGCCAGUCAAGAAAAAGAAUGGUCAAAUCAGGGUUUGCAUUGAUUUCCGUGAUUUCAAUGAGGCUUGUCCUAAAGAUGACUUUCCUUUGCCCAUCACUGAACUUCUUGUAGAUGCAACUACUGGGUAUGAAACCUUGUCUUUUAUGGAUGGAUAUUCAGGAUACAAUCAAAUCCGAAUGGCACCUGAAGAUGAAGAAAUGACUGCAUUCAGGACUCCGAGAGGAGUCUUUUGCUAUAAGGUAAUGCCUUUUGGCCUGAAAAAUGCUGGGGCCAUGUAUCAAAGGGCGAUGACUAUAAUUUUUGGUGAUAUGCUCCAUGACACCAUCGAAUGCUAUGUUGAUGAUCUUGUCGUCAAGACAAAGGAAAAGGAAAACCAUGUGGAAGAUUUGAGAAAAAUCUUCGAACGUUUGAGGAGGUACAAACUCAAGAUGAACCCACUAAAAUGUGCAUUUGGAGUUUCAUCAGGAAAAUUUCUUGGGUUUGUGGUUCGAAACAAAGGGAUUGAAAUUGACCCUACCAAGAUUAAAGCCAUUGCCGAAAUGCCUCCUCCACGAAAUUUAAGGGAAUUGAAAGGGCUACAAGGGAGAUUGGCCUAUAUCCGAAGAUUUAUUUCUAACUUGGCUGGUCGAUGUUUGCCAUUCUCAAGAUUGAUGAAAAAUGGUGUUCCAUUUGAAUGGGAUCAGCAGUGCCAAAAUGCUUUUAAUAGUAUUAAGGAGUAUCUUUUGAAGCCUCCAGUACUCAUGAGCCCAACAAAAGGGAAACCACUUUUGUUGUAUAUAACAGCCUUGGAUGGUUCGUUAGGGGCACUGUUGGCACAACAUAAUGAGCAUGGGAAAGAAAAUGCCUUGUAUUACUUGAGUCGUACUUUGGUUGGGGCAGAAGUCAAUUACUCCCCUAUCGAAAAGACAUGUCUUGCCUUGGUGUUCGCCUUACAAAAACUAAAGCACUAUGUCUUGGAACACGAAGUUAGGUUGAUAUCAAGAGCAGACCCCUUGAAAUAUAUACUUUCACGGCCCAUACUUUCAGGGAAAAUUGCAAAGUGGGCUGUAAUUCUCCAACAAUUCGCAAUUGAAUAUGUUCCCCAAAGAGCUGUAAAGGGGCAGGCUCUAGCAGAUUUUUUGGCAGCACAUCCUAUACCUGAUGACUCACCUCUAGUAACUGAUUUACCAGAUGAAGAGGUUAUGCAAGUAGAAAUUCAGAAAGGAUGGGAGAUGUAUUUUGAUGGAGCUUCAAGGAGUCCAGAUGGCAAGAAGCAAGAAAAUCCUAAAAACAAUAAAGCUGGAAUUGGAAUUGUGUUUGUGACUCCAGACAAUGCUAUAAUCACCCAUUCUUUCGCCUUAAGUGAAGGAUGCUCCAAUAAUGAAGCAGAAUAUGAAGCUGUAAUUGCUGGAUUAGAAUUGGCGUUACAAAUUCCUAUUGAAGAACUCUCAAUUUAUGGAGAUUCGGAACUGGUAGUAAAGCAACUUCGUGGAGAAUACAUUGUUAAGAAAACAAGUCUCAUCCCGUAUCAUGAAAGGGCUGAUCAAUUGCUUUCGCAAUUCAGGAAAACACACACUUUCCAUGUGAAGAGAAGAACAAAUGCUCGAGCUGAUUCACUUGCAAGUUUGGCUGCAUCACUCACCCUACCAGAUAGCAAAACAAUUACUAUCACGGUAGGUGAAAGAAGGGUGUUACAACCUUUAAAAGAGGUUUCUGACUUGGUUCCAAUCUUGGUCGUCACCACGAAAGGAGAAAACGAGGAGGAUUGGCGGGAACCAUUCAUGGCUUACCUCCAACAUGGUAGGCUACCUGAAGAUAAAGUAAAAAGAAUUGAAGUAAGACGUAGGGCUACCAAAUUCGUCUUGUGGAAAGAUGGAACGUUAUACAAAAGGUCUUUGGAUGGAAUGUUCAUACGGUGUAUAGCCAAGGAGCGUAUUCAAGAGGUAAUGACAGAAAUACAUGCAGGUGUAUGUGGCGCACACCAAAGUGGUCCUAAAUUACAUAUGCAGCUAAAAUGGUUGGGAUACUAUUGGCCAACUAUGAUUGCAGAUUGCAUAGAUUAUGCUCAAAAGUGCCAAGUCUGCCAAUUCCAUGGGAACUUUCUCCACCAACCCCCAGAGCCUUUACAUUUAACAACUUGUUCUUGGCCAUUUGCAGCAUGGGGUAUGGACAUUAUUGGUCCUUUCGUACCUCCAUCUUCAGCAGGAUAUCGAUACAUCCUAGCUGCAACUGACUAUUUCUCAAAAUGGGCAGAGGCCGUGGCUUUAAAGGAUAUAAAAAGCACAGUUGUCUCCGAGUUCAUCCGAACGCAUAUCAUUUACAGGUUCGGGAUUCCAGAAAGUAUCAUCAUGGAUAAUGGACAGCCGUUCAGGAGUGAUACUUUGAACAAGUUAUUUGCUAAGUACAAAAUCAAAAACAACCAUUCAUCAAGAUAUCAUGCACCUGCCAAUGGUUUGGCAGAAGCUUUCAACAAGACAUUGUGCAAAAUUCUCAAGAAAAUGGUGGAUAAGAACAAAAAAGCUUGGCAUGAGAAAUUACAAGAAGCUUUGUGGGCUUAUCGGACUUCGCACAGAACUCCUACUCAAGCAACCCCUUAUUCAUUGGUCUUUGGAGGAGAAGCAGUGUUACCACUUGAGGUUCAAAUACCAUCAUUGCGAGUGGCAAUACAAGAGUCCUUAACGGAAGAUGAAAGCGCAAGAGUGAGGUUGGCUAAGCUCGAGACCCUAGAUGAAAGAAGGUUGUAUGCUCAACAGAAUUUGGAGAUCUAUCAACAAAGGAUGGCAAAUGCGUUCAAUAAAAGGGUGAGGCUUCGCUCCUUUAAAAAGGGAGACUUGGUACUAAUGGUUAGAACACCCAUAAUAGUCUCACGAAGAACCAAAGGAAAGCUUGAGCCCAAAUGGGAAGGACCUUAUGUGAUUGAGAAGGUUUAUUCUAAUGGGGCCUAUUUGUUGAUAACGAUGGAUGGUGACAGAAUCAUUCCCCCAACCAAUGCAAGGUUCUUGAAGAGAUAUUACCCUUAA